UUUCCUCAGCUCUCUCUGCGCUGUCCUGUGCGUCUCCUUCUAUCAUCCCAGGUCUUCCCCAUACGGUGGAUUCAUGCUCAGCUCUCGCCCUCCUCGGUCGCCAUGCAGAACAACCACCAUAAGGAGCAUCUCUAUAAGAUUCUUGUGAUAGGUGAUCUCGGGGUUGGCAAGACCAGUAUCAUAAAACGGUAUGUCCAUCACAACUUUAGCCCCAACUACCGAGCCACCAUCGGCGUGGACUUCGCACUCAAAGUGCUCAACUGGGACCAGGAGACCGUGCGCCUCCAGCUGUGGGACAUUGCAGGUCAGGAGAGGUUUGGCAACAUGACCCGCGUGUAUUACCGUGAAGCCAUGGGCGCUUUCAUCGUGUUCGAUGUCACACGGCCUGCCUCCUUUGACGCUGUCACAAAGUGGAAGGAGGAUUUGGAUUCCAAACUGACACUUGCCAAUGGGAAGCAUGUAGCCACUGUGCUUCUGGCCAAUAAAUGUGACCAGGGUCGGGAUGUACUGACCAAUAAUGGAAUAAAGAUGGAGCAGUUCUGCCAGGAGAACGGCUUUGUGGGAUGGUUUGAGACUUCUGCUAAGGAAAACAUAAACAUCGAUGAAGCAGCCAACUGCUUGGUGAAGCACAUCAUUGCCAGUGAGAAAGACAUGCUCCAGUCGGAAGUCCCCGACACCAUCACGCCUCAAUUAGAAACGGACAAAGGCGGGACAUGCUCCUCUUGCUUCAGAUCCCAGUAGGACCCGAGAGUCGGACUCUCAUUACACACAGUGUUCAAGUUUGUGUGCGAGCAAGAGACCAAGGAAAAACUCCUUUGGCUGUUUUCAAGGAAGACGGUGUGGGUGCCAACUCCUUUCCAGUCUUUAAGCUUGGGUGAGGUGGGGUGGGUGUGGGUGUGAGUGUUGAGUGGAUGACAGAGAGGCAGCUGGCUCAGAAAAUGGAUGGAUUUGAGCAGAAAGAGAGAUGGGUGCAGCUGUGUGCGUUUGUCAGAGGCAAGGUCACCCUCUGAGUGACUUUAGGCCCUGACACUGCCACUUUGGUUACCAUGGAGACGCAGUUAAUGAACACAUGCACAGAAAGGCUGCAGCAAAUCACAGUAUAUCUGUACUAGAGGUGUGUGGAGGUAAUCAGUUUAUAGAAGCCACAGUUAGCUGCUUCUCGUUCUCUCUUCUCUCUUCUUUUCCUCCACUUUCCUUUUUUUCCUCUGCUUGUUUUUGAUCCCUAACCCGUACCUAACAACACUUUUUCAUGCUUUUCUCACAAGCAAGCAAAAAGCAAGUUAAGAUUUUUUUUUCCCCCGCUGACUCUCCCAGGAGAUCCCUUCUCAGUGAUAACAAGACCACAGCCACAUUGUAAGGCUUCUUCAAAUGCGGCUUCAUUUAUUUUUAAGUCUUCCUGUUCAUCCACUCGCUCCAAUAAAAUAUUGCAAAGCGGAUUAUUGCAAUUAAAGUGCCUUUUCUAACACGACAUUUUAUUUAAUAUUUGCAGUAGAUAUAUUCACUAUAUAUUAUUUAUAAGUGCCCUUAAUAGUGCACAUUUCUCUUUCCGUUCAUCACUAAUUAAGAAUUGAACUCGUUUCCAAUUUCAAUGCUUUCAAAAAUAAUACUGAAUGUUGUAUCCAUUAAUUUUAUCCAGUGGUUUUAUGUUCAAUUUCUAUCCCACUGUGAUUUUUUUGUAAUAUUUGUAAUUAUGGGAUGAAUGCAAAUAUGUAUACAAUUAUGUACAUAUUACAUAGCGCAAACUAAGACAGAU